UGUGAAGUGUCCAGACAGUGGGGCAGAGGGAGACGCCAUCUUUAUGAAGCCCUUUCACCAGGAAUAUUUUAUGGGGAGUGGGCGGGGCUUCAGUCCGCAGCAAGGCUACAGCACUGGAGAAGAAGGUAUGAUUGUCGCUCAGUCCCAGCCUAAUGCAUCUCCUGACCGAUAUGCCGAGGAGAAUCCUGCUGAUGGUUUCCUACAAGCAGAAUUAGAGUUGAACUUGAAGCUGGGAAACCUGCUCUUUCAGGAUCCGGUAAAGUAUGUGUACAACCCCCUGUUGUAUGCCUGGGACCCUCACGAGAAGUAUGUCCGGACGUACUGCCAAUCGAGAAAGGAAGUGCUGUUCUUAGGAAUGAACCCUGGACCGUUCGGGAUGGCUCAGACAGGGGUUCCAUUUGGGGAGGUUAAGCAUGUCCGUGACUGGCUUCAGAUCGACGGACAUGUCGGUAAACCACAAGUGGAGCAUCCAAAAAGACCUAUACGUGGCUUUGAUUGUCCCAACAGCGAAGUGAGUGGUGCUCGAUUUUGGAGUUUUUUCAAGUCCAUCUGUGGCCAACCUGAAGUCUUCUUCAAACACUGCUUCGUGCACAACCACUGCCCGCUCAUAUUUAUGAAUCAGUCCGGCAAGAAUUUGACUCCGACAGACCUGCCUAAAGCACAGAGGGAUUCGCUCCUCGAUAUCUGUGACGAAUCCUUAUGUCAAGUUGUCAAGACUCUUGGGGUCAAAAUGGUGAUUGGGGUUGGCAAGUUUUCAGAGCAACGCGCGAGAAAAGCCUUGGCUGCAGAAGGCAUGGAGGUGACUGUGAAAAGCAUCAUGCAUCCGUCCCCCAGGAACCCGCAGGCCAACAAAGGAUGGGACAGUGUGGUGAGGGCGCAGCUUCAGGAGCUCGGAGUGAUGCCCUUACUGACUGGCUAACAGGACCUGCCAUUAGUAAUCGACCGAAUGCCUCCUGACACACUACAUUUACCACGUUCAUUCCAGUCGUUUACAUGUCAACACAUGUAUGUAAGAUACGGAUCAGAUCUUGUAUGUUUUUGUACUGUAAUGUUGUUGGUGUAUGUGUAUUAUAUACAGUAUUUUCAGAAACGAAUCAAAACAGUUCCCAGCUGCUAAACAAGCAAUGUCCAAGCUUCCUGUAGAGCCUCUGCGGCUCCUUACUGCCAAGCAACGAAAGAACAGAUGGAAUGGUAAUCUCUUCUUGUGCGACCAUGUAUAGGAUCACACCUGAGCUUUUAUGAAGGUAAUUGGAGAGAUUUUCUAUAGCCAAUUUAUGUAUUAUGCUUAACCCCAGCACUCAUAACUCUCCGACUUAUGUAUGUGAUAUGGGGGAAUCGUAACAUAUGGCCUCCUUUCAACAUCACUUCAGUUUACAUGUAGAAUUAAAGUAGGGACUUUAAAAUUGAUGGGCAAUCAAUAUGAGAUUGAUUGGAUCAUAACUUUGCACCCCCCAUUAAUCAGCUGAUUAGAGGGAUCACGGUGCUCUGUCAAGUGCCAUGUUCCUUGCCAGGCACAGCUUUGCAUUUCUUCUGUGUUUUUCACCCGCGCCUGGUUUUGGCUCACAGUCCCUGACCAAACACUGACGUGUGAACUUGAUCUAAAAGUAUGAAGCUGUGUCUGGCAAAUAGUGAAGGGGAUGUGGCGAUUGAGAGUUGAACCCCCAAUCAAUCUUGUACGCUGUAAUGUUCCUCGGACGUUAUGUGAUUGUGGCAGCCAAACUCCGCUGUGAGAUGUAGCUUUAAAUGGCUGCUGCGAUCUCGUAAUUUGGUGUAAGGAAAGUGAACAGGAAGGCCUGAGGAAAGAGGGUAGUGAAGGCGCAGGAAAGGUAAAUUACAAUUUGGUUUAUUUAGCCCAUGUGAAAAGCGGAUUCAGAAAUGUUGAACCACAUUUCUACUUUAUGAACUUUGGUUUUCAGUUACAGUGUAUAUUUAUAAUCCAGGGUUCCUCCCGGCAAAUUGUCUCUAUAGAUUUCACUCUUGUGAUCUGCAUUCUGAGAAAUGUAAGGGGAGAUUUAUCAAAGUGGUGUAAAGUAGAACUGGCCUAGUUGCCCACAGCAACCAAUCAGAUUCUACCUUUUGUUUUCCAAAGGAGAUGUCAAAAAUGGAAGGUGGAAUCUGAUUGGUGCUGUGGGCAACUAAGCCAGUUCUAUGUUACACCAGUUUGAUAAAUGACCCCAGUAGUUUCUACAUCAGGUAAUGUACAGUAAUCUAAAAAAACUAACUAUGCCACUACAGUAUUACCUUGUCAUCAGUUUCCAAAGACAACCAGCAGAACUGUGAAUGCAGCUCUGGACUCUAAGGGUCCAUUUAUACGUCCAUAUGAAUGGUCCGGAUCCGUUCCGCAAUUUUUGCGGAACGGGUGCGGACCCAUUUAUUUUCAA